GGAUGGAUUCAUCUACAGCUUGAAGUGCGGGAAGAAGCUGGUCUUCGCUGAGCCUGUGAUACAUGGUGGGAUUAUAAAGCGCAGGUCGGACCCGGUACGGGAAAGAGACCUAGAAAAUACCCAGCGGGGAGUGGACACGGACAAGGAGCGAUGGGUAACCAAAUGAGUGUUCCACAAAGAGUGGAAGACCAGGAGAACGAAUCGGAAGCAGAUACUCCCAUUCACAAGGUGACGUGGGACAGCGGAUGUGAUCAGAACGGCGUCGGGGUGAUCCUGUCGACUCACACAGUUCAGCACUACAAGGAAGUGGACGUGGCCAUCGGCGCCGGCGAGGACCAGGCCCCGGCCGAGGACGCCGCGGCCCAGGCGGGCGGGAAGAACCUCGGGCCGGCGGCCAAGCCCCAGGCACCAGCUGCUAAAUCGCGUUUUUUCUUGCCGCCCUCCCGGCCGGUACCAGGGCGUCCCGGGGACCGAGGCUCCGAUUCCGGGGCGGCCGCCGCCGCCGGGCUGGAUGGCAGCGCGGGCCGGGCCCCCGCGGACAAAGGCCCGAGUGAGCACGUGGCGCUUCCGGGGGCGGAUAAAACCCCGGGGCGGCCCCCGGCCGGGGCCCCGGGCGCCCCGGCCACCUGCUCGCCGGCUCCCCUCCCGCCCCGGCCGCGGCCCCAGGACGCCAGCAUCUUCCACAAGCUCUUCAAGCUGGAGCGGGGCGGGGACGCGGCGCCCGGCCAUCACCCAGGAGAAGCCCGGAGCGCAGAGCGCGGGGAGCAGGCCCGGGAGACGGAGGGGCCGCCGGGGCCCGCCGCCGAGGUGAGUGGCCGUCUACCCAUCCCCGGGGCGCGGGGCGCGGGGCGCCGAGGUGAGUGGCCGUCCACCGUCCCCGGGGCGCGGGGCGCCGAGGUGAGUGGCCGUCCACCGUCCCCAGAGCGCGGGGCGCCGAGGCCCUACAAGCAGAAUGGUGAAAGUACUAGGUUGUUCGGUCGGGUUGGAAGGAUUCACUACGUUCACAUUGGGCAGGCUGCAACUGUGAAACGUCUGUGCGGCUCCCAGGAGACGGCUGACAACGAGGAGGCGGCAGGACCAGGAACCGGAUCCGCGCGGAGCCCUGCGGGCCUGGAGAUCACCGAGGAGGCUCGCCCGGCCACGGAGACGGCCGAAAGCAGCUCCGUCAUGAGCUUCCUCAAGACUCUGGUUUCACCUAACAAAGCUGAAACAAAAAAAGAUCCAAAAGAUAAGCCAUCCAAACCUGAAAACCUGUGUGAUGGACAAGCUGGUCAGAAGACAUCGGAGAGCCAGGCUAAAGGCAGCAAGAAAAAGCGCCUGGACAGCCCCAGGCUAGGGCUCAACUUUAGGAGAUUCUUUAGGCAUAAGGGUCCUGAAAUGCCACCCACCCCUUCAGCCAACCUGAAAUCAGACAAAGGUAAUGUCACGUCCCAGGAGACUCAAGGGUCAGCCAAAAGCGCUAAAGGCUGUAACGCACCGGGUCACGGGCCUUCCGUGACAAGCAGCGACACACCCAAGGAAGGUGACAAGGAGAAGUCGGGACCCAGUUCGCUGCCUCUGGGAAAGCUAUUUUGGAAAAAGUCGGUUAAGGAGGAAUCGGUGUGCACAGGUGCGGAGGAGAACGUGGCGUGUGAGCCCGCAGUGGAGGCUGUGGAGGUUGGGAGCGCGGAGUGCGCCUUGCACACGGUGGACCUCAGCGAGGGCCAGGCUGCGCCCGAACCCGCGGAAGCCAAGCUCCGAGAAGAGGCGAGCACACCGCGGAGGAGCCCCCUGAUGGUAUUUCUCAGGCAAAUGUCAGUGAGAGGGGAUGGAGGGAUCACCCGCUCGGAAGAAGUAGAUGGGAAAGACUCCAGCUGUCAAACUUCGAACUCCUCGGAGAAGGCCACCCCACCCCCGGAGCCGGAGCCCCCGGGAGCAGCCCCCAAGGGCAAGGAGGGGUCCUCCAAGGAGAAGAAGUCAGCACCUGAGGUGAACAAGCCCAAGAGCAACAAGCAGGAGGCCAAGGAGCCUGCCCAGUGUACCGAGCAAGCCAGGGUGGAUUCGAACUCACUGCAGAACGAGGACAAGGCCCAAAAGAGACCAGAGAAGCGGCGGCAGUCCCUCGGGGGCUUCCUCAAGGGCCUGGGACCAAAGCGGAUGUUGGAUGCCCAAGUGCAGACGGACCCCGUCUCCAUCGGACCCGUGGGCAAAGCCAAGUAAACAAACCAGCGCCGUCCCACCAGGUUCUCCUACCCCAGGAGGCAUUCUCUCUACUCCAUCCCCUGCCCCCACACACUGUCUGUACAGACCCCCUCUUCACAGAGCCACCCUGUAGAAUUCUGCCUGCACACGAAGCCCAAGCUUAAACCCAAGCGGUUGUACAUCGAGGUGUACCAUUUACGUCUCAGAGCUAAACUUUCCUAGCAGAUCACCAGAGCAGGCUAAUGAGUUAAAGCUGGAGAGUUGAUGGUAGUCAAGCAAGAAGAGGAGGGAGGUGGAGGGAGGCAUUUGUCCUUCGAAAUGGACGUAGCAAGUAAGUUGCAGGAGAAAAAUACCCAUGAAGGGGAGGGGAAAAAUGGAGCUGUUGAGCAAAUGCUCGUGUCUAAACCCUGCAGAGGGGAGAGGAAGAGCCACCUGUUUAAGUGACUGCUUCAAAGAGGCAGAAUUCGGGCAAGCUCGGGGUUGGGCCUGUGCCAGUUUCCUCGAAUGGAGUACGUGGGUAUGAAGAAGAGGGAAUUCAGAGUUGGUUUUCAGAUGGGGUCCUUGAGAAUCAUUGACGAGAUGGGAGAGAUUUCCUGGAAGGGCUUGAAAUCAUUUGGGGAAGUGAUUGUUUCAAGGGUCUCGGGGACAAGGGUGAGAAUUACAACUGCAGAAAAGAUAACAAUGAAGUAAAAUGAAAGUACAUGGGGUUGCAGGUGUAUUUUGCAACACAAGGGGGAGCCAGAGCCUCCAUUUUU